CCGACGCCCGCCAGGCGGAAGCCUAGGCUCGUUCCUGCCCGACAAUCUGCGAUCGAUGGGUAGUGCCUGCACGGUGCGCGCGGAGCUCGAUUGGCGUCGCCUGCGAGGGGAGGAGCCUCCACCGCUGCUGCCGCGGCGGGCUUGGCUUGUGAGGAAGGGCCUAGGCCCGGGCCUGCGGUGUUGGGGCUUGCAGAGAGCCGGGGCUUGCUUACUGCCGUCUCCUCUGCCCUAGCUUCGCCCACCUCCCCUUCCCAGCGGGCUGGGCGCGGGGACGACCUGCCGGAGCCAUGGAGGACGAGGUGGUCCGCAUCGCCAAGAAGAUGGACAAAAUGGUGCAGAAGAAGAACGCGGCUGGAGCACUGGAUUUGCUGAAGGAGCUUAAGAAUAUUCCCAUGACCUUGGAAUUAUUACAGUCCACAAGAAUUGGAAUGUCAGUUAAUGCUAUUCGUAAGCAGAGUACAGAUGAAGAAGUUACAUCUUUAGCAAAGUCUCUCAUCAAAUCCUGGAAAAAGUUAUUAGAUGGGCCAUCAUCUGACAAAGACCCUGAAGAAAAGAAAAAAGAACCUUCAAUCACAUCACAGAAUAGCCCUGAAGCAAGAGAAGAAAGUAGCUCCAGUGGCAACGUAAGCAGCAGAAAGGAUGAGACAAUUGCUCGAGAUACUUAUGUUUCAUCUUUUCCUCGGGCACCAAGCACUUCUGAUUCUGUGAGGUUAAAGUGUAGGGAGAUGCUUUCUGCAGCUCUUCGAACAGGAGAUGACUACAUUGCUAUUGGAGCUGAUGAAGAAGAGUUAGGAUCUCAAAUUGAAGAAGCUAUAUAUCAAGAAAUAAGGAAUACAGACAUGAAAUACAAAAAUAGAGUACGAAGUAGGAUAUCAAAUCUUAAAGAUGCAAAGAAUCCAAAUUUAAGGAAAAAUGUACUAUGUGGGAAUAUUCCUCCUGACUUAUUUGCUAGAAUGACGGCAGAGGAAAUGGCCAGUGAUGAGCUCAAAGAGAUGCGGAAAAACUUGACCAAAGAAGCCAUCAGAGAGCAUCAGAUGGCCAAGACUGGUGGAACCCAGACUGACUUGUUCACGUGUGGCAAAUGUAAAAAGAAGAACUGCACUUACACACAGGUACAAACACGUAGUGCUGAUGAACCAAUGACAACAUUUGUUGUCUGUAAUGAGUGUGGAAAUCGAUGGAAGUUCUGCUGAGUUGGAAGAAUUGGCAAAAUGUCUGGACCAUUAAGAAAAUGGAUUUUGUAAUUAGCUUUAAAACUAAGCCAAGCAGCUAGUUUUCCUGCAUAUCAGAUUUUUAAAGCAACAUACAUCCCUUGGGAUAGUCUUCAUUUUUGAGCUAACAUCCCUUCUCUAAAUGCCUUCUGUAGUUUCAGAUCAGUAGGGAGACCGUACAAUAAUUGUAUGUUUCAAAACUAUUUUUUUUCAUUUUUAUAAGUUGAUAUUAAACUUUUACCAAUUAAAUUUCUGACAAUUUAUUUUUAUUUUUUUCUUCUUAAAGGAAAAUGUACCUUUUUUAAUAGUGUGAAACAUACACAGUAGAAAUCCACUGUUAUCCUGUUAUUAAUACAUAAAUGGAAGUUACAUUUUUUUCCAUAUUGGUAUGUAUCUACAAAUAUUAAAGGAGGAGAAAAGGUAAUAUAAUUUUAGGUUUACCAAAUAUGGUGUGUAUCAAAUAACACUUGACCUGCUUAUCUAAAUUGUACAUAAUAUUGAACUAGCAUAUCAAUUUGAUUUUAAUUAUUAUUUUCACAAGCCUGGGAUAUUAGUUACUAUUUUACAUCUGUAACUAACCUGAUCAUCAUUUCUUGUAAUUUCUUAUUCAUGUAUAUUACUUGUUCUUCAUAGAUUUGACUUCUGGAAACAUGACUUGACUUUGUUGAAAUCAGUUUGGUUUUGUUGUUUAUUUACCUGUUUGACUUUGUAGAGUAUUUUAGUUUUGCACAAAAACACCGUUGUAGUUUUUGUAGGCUUUUCAUAAAUCCUCUCAUAGGCAAAGAAUGAAAGCUUCUGACUAUUACUAUUUUUUCCCUCAUAGGAAGACAUACUGAGAAGAAUAUCUUAGCAUCUUAGUAUAGUUAGUUACUGUAAACAGUUCAAGACUUGAUUUUGGUUUGGAAAUCUGUACUGACCAAGGAUUAAGCAUAAGGAUUGUAUAAAUCAUUAAAGCUGUGGUCUUUCCAUAUGGAGAUUGAUAGAAAAUAUUUUUUUCCUGAAUCUUAUUUGCUGACUCUUUCUGUUGCACAAUGAAUGAAGUUAUUGAACAAACUGAAUAUAUAGGCUAUAGCAAGUAGUUCUAUAAUACAGAUCUUACAAUUAAGUUUUUCCUUUUGUUUAAGCGUGUACCAUUUUUUUCUCUUUGGAAUAAGAAUAAAAAAUGGUUUUCAUGUAGGUUCCUUAGAGUACAUUUUCUCUAGCACAUAUUAAAGGCCAUUGUUGCAAAGUCUACAUUUUAUCAUGCCGCAUCUGCAUUCUAUCAGAUACCUAUAGAAAGACCUCAGUACAUUCUUUGCACUCUCCUUUGCGUCCCUUUUCCAAUUUCUUAUUGCAAAUCAUUUUGAUGUAAUACUACAGAAAACAGCAUUUAAAUGGCCAUGUUCAGAAUUAGCCCACUGGUACCAGCCCACCCCUACUUCAUUAGUUCAUAAUUGAAUCUUUGGUUUUAUCAUUUCAAAAAGUACAUUUUUGGAAGAAUGAGUUUAAUAAUAAUAUUAAGAUAGCCCUACUUUUAAAUUAAGUGGUCCAUUUUUAAAUUUGUAAUUCAAUAAAGUUUUUUGUUGUUGUUAAA